UUCACUUCCUAUCCAGUGCACACCAGGGGCGGACUGACCAUUCGAGCACUCGGGCACUGCCGAGGGCCCGGGGUCAGUAAGGGGCCCCAUGAAAUUCCCCGGGUACCUUUUUAUAGGCUUUUUGAGUGUGGGCAAGGACACAGGGGCCCCAUGAUCCCCUAUUGCCUGGGGCCCCAUGAGUUGUCAGUCCGCCCCUGUGUAGCCCCAUCAGUGCUGCUUUUCAGUGCCCAUCAUUGCCACCUGUCAGUGCCCAUCAUUGCCACCUGUCAGUGCCCA